CUCGACUGCUCUGCCGCUGCUGACUGCCUCUUGCCCGUUGCCGCUUUGGACGCCUGUGCUGGUUGGUGGGGACUGCGUGUGCACAGAAAUUGUGCUAAAGAGGAGGCUUGGGCUUUCGGGACCAUUUGAGGUCGGCUGGGCUUUGCGCUUCACCAUCCACCAACACAAUGAAGUCGGACUACUACGACGUGCUUGGCCUUAAGCAAAGCGCCUCUGUCAACCAGAUUCAGGAUGCGUAUCGACGACUGGCGCUCGAGUACCAUCCAGAUCGCAACCCGAGCGGUGACGCACCGUCCAAAUUCCAGCAAGUGGCAGAAGCCUAUGUCGUGCUCAGUUCAGCCAAGCUGCGGGCUGUCUUUGACAACUUUGGCGAAGAAGGACUCCGUGAUGGCGCCCCGCAAGGCUACGAGGGCUUUACUGAGCCCUAUGUGUUUCAUGGAGAUGCCGAUGCCGUCUUUCGCGAGUUCUUCGGCACCGACAAUCCCUAUCAAGAUAUGUUUGCUCCCAAUGAUGAGUUUGGCUUUGGGCCCAAGCCGAGCCUAGCACAGCAGCUGCACCGCAAACAGGACCCCGCCAUCGAGCAACCGUUGUAUUUGACCAUGGAAGAAGUCUAUCGUGGCUGCGUCAAGAAAAUGCGCAUCUCUCGCACGGUACUGAACGACGAUGGACAUACUACACUGACCAAGGAAAAGAUCUUGACGGUCAAGGUCAAGCCUGGGUGGCGUGAGGGCACCAAGAUCACCUUCCCCAAGGAAGGCGAUCAAGGACCCAACAACAUCCCAGCUGAUGUCGUCUUUGUGAUCAAGUACCUGGACCAUCCCCGCUUCAAGCGCCGCGGCAACGAUCUGGUGCACACUACCCAUAUCACCCUAGUUGAAGCCCUCUGUGGCUGCAUUGUCGAACUCUUGACGCUAGAUGGCCGCAAGUUGAGCAUUCCCAUCAAUGACGUGAUCAAACCCGGCUUUCAAAAGGUGGUGGCAGGCGAGGGUAUGCCCAUUACCAAGUUGCCAGGCCAGCGCGGCAACCUGGUUUUGGAGUUUCACACCGAGUUUCCCCGCAACCUCUCCGAUGAUCGCAAGGCCCUCAUCCGCCAAGCACUAGGCCCAUCAGCCACGAGCGAGGCCAAAUAGAUGUUAGAAGCAUGCCUUCUCUACCCCACGGGCACGAGGUUCUCAUCCAGGCCUCGCUUGGCUCGUCGUUGGCAUGGGCCGCCGCGCGACCCGCCACGAUUUUUUUACCACUGUUUGCCUAGGGCGGGGCGCUUUGCCUGGUGUUUCCAUGUUGUAUCCGCCCGUGAUGAGUCAUGGCUGGCCUGUCGCUUUGCCGUUCUUGGCACUUGAGGACAGGGUGCUCUUUUCUAGACUCUCGUUGAUAUUUUCUUUGUAAUCGACAAGAAAUGUUUUCU